GGCAAUAUAACAAUAAUUUGAAGCAACUUAGUACUACGAUCCUGCAACGAUUGAGUGCGUGUCGUUUGCGUUUGCGAGUAUACCGUUGAGGCACCUCUUCCCUACAUCCAUUGCUGCGACAGCGCUUUAGCAGAAGACAUAUUGUCGAGAAUGCGGGCACACGCCAUUGGCGCUUUAUCCUUACGUUAUCCUACCGUCGCUCUGACUGCUCUUGUUCUGCUCGCCUGCAGCCUCGGGGGCACGGCUGCGGCCUCAGUACAAGCCUCGAAGUACCUCUAUGCGUGGGCAGGGGCCCAAAACGCUUCCCUUGCAAGGGACUCGCUCUUCGUCUUCAGUGUGGCGCCCGGCCCCGACUUUGGCAAGCUGCUCAACACUGUUGAGACGGGUUACAAUGGGCUGGAGCCGCAUCACUGCCGGCCCUCCGUCACAGGUCGAUGGCUCGCCUGCAGCUGCCUGUUGGCCGUGUUUUCAAAGCUGCCCUCCAUCAUCUUCUUCAGCCUGGCGGACCCCGCCAAGCCCGUCAUGCUGAGGAACGUCACCCUCCCUGCUCACAGCGCCGUUGCCGAUGAGCUUGUUGCUACACCCGACGGAGGCUUCUUCGCAACCAUGAUGGCCAAUGCCAGCGGUUGGACGCCCGGCCGGGUGGUGCGCUACGACAAGAACCUCAAGCUCCUCGGAGAGUACCCACAAGACCUGAGCGUCCUGGCCCCCGCACCCGGCUUCAACCCACAUGGCAUUGGCGCCGACUUCAAGCACCAGACAAUGCUCACUGCGGACUUCUUGGAGCCUGCAAGCAGCCUGGUGGGCAAUACUCUGACGUUCCGCAAGACCGCGCGGCUUUGGAGCCUGAAGAACAUGAGCAUCAUUGGGACGUACGUCCUGCCGAAAACUGCAAGCACGAACGGUGCCAUGGACGCAGUGGCUAUCGGCAACACAGGUGGCUACUACCUCACAGGGGGUAGCGGCUACCUCUAUUACCUCAACGGGAAGCAUGGCAAGAAGGCAGUGCCUGAGAUUGUCUACGACGUCGGAACACGCAAGACGGUGUCGUGCAUUCUGCAGCCCUUCCGCGGGGGCACGCGUCUGCUGAUGGCACUGUUUGCCUUGGACCGGGUUUUGCUGCUAGACACGACCAUCCCCCGGAAGCCAAGGAUUCUGGAUAUCUACCAGUUCCCUCUUGGCACUGGCGGACAUGUGGUCCGUAUCUCCAAUGACGAGAGGCUCGCCGCUGUGGCCACCUACUUCUUGGAGCUUGGGGCAGUUGGCCAGAUCCACUAUCCGGGCGACUGCACCAUUCGCUUCCUGAGGCUGAACGCACAGGGGACACAAUUUGUGAGGGAUGAGUGGCCCUACACCCGCAGCCCCGUGAUCAACUUCACCGACCUGUUUCCCGGCAAGGGAGGAUUCCGCACCCACGGGGUGGCAUUCCUAUAGGUAUACAGUUUAUGCCGUAGCAUCGUGAUUACCGUAGCACUGAGAGCAUGCAGGUUUGUAUGCAUGUUAAAUACCCUGGUAUGUGCCUUCCAUAACGGGCGAAGUCAUUGUUUGCAGCUAGAUGGACUUAGCACCCUCCGUCCAGCUAUUCUCAAUGCAGAAGGGGUGUCAUUGGGGGGAACAUUGCUGAGAGCUCAUGUGUUUAUAAUUUGCACAACACUGCCUGCAUGCAUGCUUUGCAUUUGCAUGGCAGUGCAUGAGGCGUGAUGGAUUCCCGUACAAUUCAUCCAUGUCAGCCCCCAUGCAUCUUAUCGCGCUUGUGGGAGCUGUACGAAGAAAUCCGUUCAUGGCCCGAGGCCCACUACUUGGUACUGCUACUAUUGGGUAUUCAUUUGACCGUGUCUUGGUUUGGCUUGGAAGGACUCGUCCUUCCCCUACCUUUAAAUCGGACAUCCUGUGUUUCAUGCUCGUGAGUUAGGAGAUAUGUGGGCAUCACCUGUGUUACACCGGGAGGUACAUCAGCUUAUGGCGCUGUACUUGGACUGGUUGCAUGGGUGCAGCUGACCUGCUGGAUGAAGGUGGUAUAGAGCUGCACAGUCGUACAUGUCGUGCGUUGGCAUGGGUAGGUUGAUGGUUGUUGGUUGUGGUGGUAAGUUUGUUGUGGUGUGGGCCACGCCGCUUGCAGGGGAACAUCCUGUUCGCCACGUUUUGACAUUGGUAGUAGCAGCAGCGGUUCAGCGGGGUGCCCUGAUGCCGUGUGUCGGCAAGCAGGCAGGCGGCCAUACCGUUAGUUUUAGCGCUCAAACCCUCCGGUCAAUUUGUGUGCCGUACAUGUUGGUGAACUUGACAAGUUGAGAGAUGUGUCGCGUUGGGCUCGCCUUAGCCCAAGGGUAUGGUUGUAUGUUGUCCGUUGUCGGCUCGUCCAUUACUACGUUGUAAGGAUUAUCGGCGGGCUACAUUACCGGUUGGCCUUCGAGACGGCGCAAGUGAGCUGACGGGAAACA